CCUGGGUUCCUGCGUUCAAAUGGAACGGGAAAGUGUGCUAGGAUUCACCUGCGUUCUGCUGGUAUUUUCUCCUGUUGCCCUGAAACGUUGGGUCCUGAGAAGGAGGGGGAGGGUGGUAACCAAAGAGAGAUGCUUUGGUUACCAUGGUAACUGCUUGGCACUAAUUUGGGUGUUUGAGGGAAAGGGAGGAUUGCGUUACUACGUCUCAAAAUACAAGGUAUGAGUGAUUUCAGUGAAGAAUUGGCAAGGCCUAUGACAAAGGAUGACCAGGUGAAAAUGUCUGUGCUCUCUGGUACAGGAAUGCAUUUUCCUUGGCUUCAAAGUUACGUAGAAACUGUGGUGAUUGGAGGGAAAAAGAAGAAGGAUUUUGCUCAGACAACAAGUGCUUGUUUAAAUUUUAUCCAGGAAGCUCUGCUGAAGCACCAAUGGCAGCGAGCUGCAGAAUACAUGCACAGUUAUUUUCAGACGUUGGAGGAUUCAGAUGGCUACAAAAGGCAUGCUGCACCUGAGAUUAUUUGGAAACUUGGAAGUGAAAUUCUGUUUUAUCAUCCCAAAAGCAACGUGGAGACUUUCAAUACCUUUGCUGACCGGAUGAAAAAUAUUGGUGUCAUGAAUUAUUUAAAGAUUUCCUUACAACAUGCAUUAUACCUUCUACAUCAUGGAAUGCUUGAGGAUGCCAACAGAAAUCUGAGUCAGGCAGAGACAUGGAGAUAUGGUGAAAAGUCAUCUUCCCAGGAAGUAUUAAUCAACCUUGUUCAGGCCUAUAAAGGACUUUUGCAGUAUUAUAAUUGGUCUACAAAGAAGAAGGAAUUGUCAAAGUUUGAUAAGGAGGAUUAUGCUUAUGGCACUGCAACCCGAAGUAUGGUUAACCGCAGCUGGAAAACAUCUGUCAAUCUUGGUGCAUUGAUUAAAAUUCCUGGAGUUUGGGACCCUUUUGUGAAGAGUUAUAUAGAGAUGCUGGAAUUCUAUGGGGAUCAAGAUGCAGCCCGAGAGGUACUCACCAAUUAUGCGUAUGAUGAAAAGUUCCCAUCAAAUCCGAAUGCUCAUAUCUACUUAUAUAACUUUCUAAAGAGAAAGAAGGCACCAAGAGCAAAACUGCUAAGUGUGCUUAAGAUUUUGUAUCGGAUUGUACCAUCUCAUAAAUUGAUGUUGGAAUUUCAUACAUUACUUAGAAAAUCAGAAAAAGAAGAACACCAUAAACUGGCAUUGGAGGUGGUGUUUGGAGUUUUAGAUUUUGCUGGAUGCACUAAGAACAUAACUGCUUGGACAUAUUUGUCAAAAUAUCUGAGACAGACCUUAAUGGGAAACCACCUUGUGUGGGUUCAAGAACAGUGGAACUCCAGGAAAAACUGGUGGCCAAGCUUUCACUUCAGUUACUAUUGGGCAAAAAGGGAUUGGAAGGAUGAUACAGCUUUGGCUUGUGAGAAAGCUUUCGUAGCUGGAAUACUGUUAGGAAAAGGUUGUAGAUAUUUUCAGUAUAUUUCAAAACAAGACCACGAAGUCUUAAGGAAGAAAAUUAAGCAGAUGAAGAAAUCAGUAAAAAAAUACAGUAUUGUAAAUCCAGGACUCUGAUAUAACUCUUAGUUAUUUCCCAGUGGUAGCUACAGAGGAGCAGCUCAAUAUUUAGUUAUUGAAUGUAUUUAUGUAAUGUUUCAAGAAGGUAGUUUAUAUCACCUCAAAAAAGUUAUUUUUGUAUAUUUUUAUAUAUUUUUUUACUAUCAGUUAUAACUAAGGAAACAGUUUCACUGUGUUUGCUCUUUAUAAAUAUGUUUUCUUUUUUGUAAUGUUAAGUAUAACAUUUAUUAAGGAAAAAUUCCUCAAAUGAAAAAAUAUUUAAUUAGGGAGUAUAGCUCUACAGCAAUUACUGUUUGAAGAUAAUUUGUCUCUCACUAUUGUGUAAGAAAAUAUAACUUGUAGUUUUGUGAAAUGAAUUUAUGUUGUUUUAGAUUUUAUUAAAUAAUUGAUCCAUGUUAGGUAUACCACCAGGAAGAAAUAUGUUGGUGAUGUGUUCUGUGGAGGAGUUUUGAAAAGAGAAGGAUUUAGAAAAGACUCCACUUUCUCUUUUGGUUUAAAGACAGGGCAGUCUGGGGCUAAGGUGACUUUCUGCCUGAGAGAGACCUUUGAUUCUAGAGGAUGAAUUGGGUCAGAGAGGUGGAGAGGGCGGGCUGCUUUCAGUUGGCAGCAGCUUAACUUUAAAGGGCUCUAGGCUUUCUUGUUGCCUGGCACAGCAGUCUGAGACAUGCUUUAGAACUCAUAUGUCCCCUCUUUUUUCUCUUGACUACUAGGAUGCAGCAGUAGGCAGCUGGCCAGUGAGGAAGCUCUGCCAGUGAAAUAAUGUCCCCAAGACACAUAGGAAGCCCAAUGGGAAGGCUUGGCCAAAAGCCAACAACUUUCCUGGAGCGUGAAGUGAGCUUUGUAACAUAUUGUGACAGUGGUAGAGUACGUGCUGCUUCAGGAAUCUCUAGCUGUUGCACAUUUAGUUCAGAUAACUAGUAAGUUUCAAGAAGGUUCACCAACUCCAGAGCCAAGUCUAAUAUUUAGGUGGCAAACUAUGUAUUUUUCCCAUUGGCUUAUAUUCCUACUAAUAAUGAACCCUCUGCAAGAAAAUUGGGGGACAAAUUGUGCUUUGUCAGUAAUUUAUAUUUCAGUAUUAUUUUAUACUUAGUAAGAAAAGUCUAUCAACAAAGAAGAACCUAACCUUAUAAUGUGCAUAUGAAACAAGUAGGUGCUCCACAGAACCAAAGUAAACUGAGUUAAAGUUACCACAUGGGAACUUUACUGCUAGGAGUUGAUGAUUGGGUUGUAUAGUUCUGUAUAAGAUCAACACUACAGGAAUGAAAUUCCCAGGUGAUGUGGGCAAAAUCUCUAUGCAGAAGCCAAGAUCAAUCAGGGCAUCUACUGCCUGAAAACUUUUGUCAAGAGCUAUAAAAUAGGAUUUAUGAGUUAUCAUGAUCUCUAGGAGACUGGAGGUGAGAAUAAAAGAGAAAUGAGUAGUUAUGGUUCUUGGUUUCCACACAAAGCUUAGCUUAGUUCCCUAGGAUUUUUCUAUCAAAUGUUCGUAUCUAAUUGUUCAGUAAGAUCAGUGCGAUUCAGCACCUGUGAAACUUUUUUAGGUCCACUGAAGUUAACGCCAGUUCCAUGAAUAAUAGUAAUAGCUAAAAUUUAUCAAGCACUUUUGGUUUUGCAUUUCAUCAUAUCACCACCACAAUCCUAUGAAUUCUCUCCAUUUUACCAAGAAAGAAAGUGGAGUCUUUGGAGAUGAAGUAACUUGCCAAGAUCACAGCUUGUAGGUGUUGGCACCAGGACCCUAACCCAAUCAGUGUGCGAGGAUCACACUCUCAGGUACUGCCUGUACUGCUCCCUGUUUGGUCCUUGAUUACUGUUAAUACAUGCAGAGGGCUGAGCUAGCUAGUGUGAGAAACGAAGCAGCCAAUGUAAGAAGCUGUUUGCCUGCCCCUGACUCAUUUUGCCACGCAGCUCUCUGGAAAGAUGCCUUGAAAACCACACAGGAUGGAGCACACGCCCCCUGCGUGUCUUUCCUGAGUCACUACAUUUCUUAAAAGAUAAAUGACCCUAGUCUUUGCCUUUUCCUGCGCAUAAGAUAAUGUCUACAGAGUUAGUGAUUACGCUUCUGUGGUUUAUAACCAGAUGUAUUAUUACACCCAAACCUUAAUGUGGUUCUGCUUUACUGUAACUUCUAAGCAAGUUCGAUGUGAUUUUGCACAUACCGAACCCCCACCACCUGUAUAGAAGCAGUGGCCGAAAUUCUGUGCUAGAGCAGUCUGGCAGACUCUCUGUGAGGGCCUUGGUCUAUAGUCCUCAGUAAGACUUCUGAAUAAAUCUAAUUCUUUAAAAGCUUGACUUUUUUCUUUAGUAGUGCAUGUGUAACCCAGAGGCUGCUGGCUCAAGCAAACCUAUCUUCACACUCCCAGGCUUAGGAGGCUCCCCAUACUGUGUCCUCACCAGCUCCUGUAUAGCCUCUUAUCAAAUCACUGCAUCGUUUAGUUAUCUUUGCACUUCUGUCUUUCCCACUAGUGUGUUACCUAGGCUUAAUCAUCUUCACAUCACCAAUACUUAGAAUUUCUAGCUUAUUAAAUCAUCACUGAGUUGAAUUGAAAGAGAAUUUAUAAAAGUUAUGGACCAAGUGUGCCUAUCCCGUAGGAAGGAAUAUCUUGGCACACUUAUGCCAAGAGUAGGGCCUCAGGAGAGUUUGAAUCAUGGGUUUAUCAUUUGGUAGUUCUUUGACUUCCUGCACAAGUUACUUAAGCUCUCUUAGCUUCUUCAUUUGUACAGUGGAGACAAUGGGAUUUAUCUCACAGGAUUGUUAUGAAGAAUAAAAGAAUAAUUCAUGCAUGGGAUAAUAA